AUGAAUGCCGUCAAUAUAGAUAUGCUCACAUUCCUCAAAAAUAUCGUCAAUCGCACUACUAUUGAUUACAUGAUAAUCGAUAAUGGAGGAGCUGAAUAUCAACUUUUGCCUAUGAUAGCUAUCGAGAAUGUGUUGGAAGAUAAUGGAAUAGUGAUAUGUCAAAUGAAUGUGGAGAUUUAUGCUCCAGGCCCAUUGGAUAGACUGGAACAAUUCGCAGAAAUUAUGCUCGCCAUAUUAAAAGCUAAGCGCUUUGCACCCAUACAUAGUUUGUACUGGGGACAUUUACGUACUUUCUUCAUCAAUAUUGAUCAUCCGUUCUGUGUAGAAAAAUAUCUUGUGCAAUUCUUUGAGGAGCAAUCUACGUAA